CUGCAGAGUGUAUUGUGGACGCGCUUUGUGCUCGCAACUCUCGAGCGCGCAGCCGCAGCCUCUCCGCCAGUGUUAGUCCGGUGCCCGCUGCAUGUGUCUUCUCGUCUGCCAUGGGCCUGCCCCGCUGGGAUAAACGUCCCCUUGACAACUGAGCUCGGGCCGACAUGUUGGGUGCACAACCGCAGAGCCGUCGCUGACAAACACUGGGCCGGAGCCCCGACCCCCCUGAGGAGACGCCGCCAUGGCCGAGCAGACCUAUUCGUGGGCUUACUCCUUGGUGGAUUCCAGUCAAGUCUCCACGUUCCUUAUUUCAAUCCUUCUCAUAGUCUAUGGCAGCUUCAGGUCUCUUAACAUGGACUUUGAAAAUCAAGAUAAAGAGAAGGAUGGCAGUAGCUCUCCAGGAGCGUUUAGUGGGAACAGCAGCAAUAAUAGUAUCCAGACUAUUGACUCUACUCAGGCUUUGUUCCUUCCAAUUGGAGCCUCAGUGUCUCUUCUGGUCAUGUUCUUCUUCUUUGACUCUGUCCAGGUGGUGUUCACCAUUUGCACUGCAGUUCUUGCAACAAUAGCAUUUGCAUUUCUCUUGCUGCCUAUGUGCCAGUAUUUAACCCGGCCCUGCUCUCAGAAUAAGAUUUCCUUUGGAUGCUGCGGUCGUUUCACAUUGGCAGAGCUGCUAUCAUUCUCGCUCUCUGUAAUGCUAGUUCUUAUUUGGGUCCUGACAGGCCACUGGCUGCUCAUGGAUGCCCUUGCAAUGGGACUAUGUGUAGCAAUGAUUGCCUUUGUCCGCCUGCCCAGCCUGAAGGUUUCCUGUCUCCUCCUUUCAGGGCUGCUCAUAUAUGAUGUGUUUUGGGUCUUCUUUUCUGCAUACAUAUUUAACAGCAACGUGAUGGUCAAGGUGGCAACACAACCUGCUGACAAUCCUCUGGAUGUCUUAUCAAGGAAGCUUCAUCUUGGCCCUAAUGUUGGGAGGGAUGUACCUCGGUUAUCUCUGCCAGGAAAACUAGUAUUUCCCAGUUCUACAGGAAGUCACUUUUCCAUGCUUGGGAUAGGGGACAUUGUAAUGCCAGGACUGCUUCUGUGCUUCGUUCUACGUUAUGACAACUACAAGAAACAGGCGACUGCUGAUUCUUGUGGUGCACAGGGAGCUGCCAACAUUUCUGGACGUAUGCAGAAGGUCUCCUACUUUCAUUGCACACUCAUUGGGUACUUUGUGGGGUUGUUAACUGCGACAGUGGCUUCACGCAUUCAUAGGGCUGCACAACCUGCUUUGCUGUAUUUGGUGCCCUUUACUUUAUUACCGCUCCUAACUAUGGCCUAUUUAAAGGGUGACCUGCGCAGAAUGUGGUCAGAACCGUUCCAUGCUAAGGCCACUAGCUCCCGCUUCCUUGAGGUAUGAUGGGAACAGGAAACUAAGCCAAAAGCGGCAGAAAUAUUUUUUGAUUUGGCUUCUCUGUCCUCUGGAUGAACUCGGUAUAAAUGGACACAGCUACAACUGAUGGACCUCAAGGGAAUUUUUGUGUAUAACGAUGGGGAAAAAAAACUUUCUAGAGACUUCUAUGCAGGGUCGUUCUCUUUGAAACAUGCCCUCAGCAGCGAACCAUAUUCCUGUUGGAACAUCAACAUCAGAGUUUAGACAAAAUGUGUAUAUAAAGAACUGGGAUCCAGUGAGCCUGAUAUGGAUUGUAAAUCUCGGAUUCCUUCAAGGUCUGGCCUAAUUGUGGCUCUAUGUAGCAUGUGACUUUAAAGGCCUCUGAGCUACAGACUAUUUGGGCUCUUUGAAACCUGUGGGACCAGACCCCAUGAGGAGCAGUGCAGCCCUCUUACCAGCUCUCCUUCCUGUAUUUUUUUCUUUUCUUUUUUUUUUCUUUUUUUCUCUGUGGUGUGAAGUGACUUUUUAGAUCUCAGCCAGUGUGUGAGUUACUCAAAGUAUAUACAUAGUCUGUCGUAUUUAAUUCCAUUUCACCCUUCUCCCAAUUCAUGUUGCAGAGGGCAAGUCUGAGAUAUAUUUUCUAUGGAUAGUUUAAAUAUUCACAGAAUAAUGCCAGGUCACGUCAGACCUGCUGUGUUCUGUCGCAUGUCCUGCACUUUCAUCUUUGGCUUUAUAUGACUAAUCCAUCCCAGCAAAGUGAAGCCUCGGUUCAAACCAGUGUAUUGUGUGCUCGUUCUGAUGUGCUCAUGGGCUGUUUAGUGACUGUAUUUGGUUCUGAUCAAUGUAGUGACCUAGGACAGAUGAAAUGUUCCCAAACUUUUGUCUUCAUUUGUGCGCAGCCUUUUUAACGGUUCCCUUGGACUCUUGCAUGUCAAACUUGCUGCGCUCAUCGCUCCCUCCAUAAUAAUGUUACCUUCCUGUAAAUACCUAUUUUCUUUUUUUCUAUUGUUUUUGUAUUUUAGUAUUUUCAUUUGUCUGCUGUAUUUCUGAUCUUUCCAUGUGACUACCCUCACUCAUGAAAAAAAACUAAAGAAAAAAAACUCCUUCAAAUA